UGUUUCUGACUUGGAUUCUCCUACUACAAAUCAUCCUAUACAAAUCUCCUAACUCACCCCUCAUCAUCCAUUCUACCCAGAGUAAGAGAAAUCUAAACACAUAAGUCAUGUCCUAGCUAAUACCAUCACAGGCUCCUAUCAAAAUGAUCUUCACACGCAGCGUCUCCCUGACCAACUUCGCGGUGGCCUCCUCCGCUCUCUGUUUCCAAGUCUUCGUCCUAUACCCCUGGCACCAGCAACUCGACGACAGCUUCGAAGAGCUAAAGAAGGAACACCGUCAGCUUCUACAGAAGAUCAACAACAUGCCGCUUCCCUCGAGUGAAAAAUCCGCUGCAACUGCGGCAAAUCCGCGACCCUGAUCAGCCAUUCGAGCAUUUUUGAAAACGCCUCCCUGCUUACGCCUCAUACCCAUAUAAUCCGCAACAACUAGCGAGUCCAAUUACAGUUUCAGUCCUUUCGGCCGGUAUUCGAUAGAAAUAGACUACAGAUUAGCGCAUAUCGAUUCAUUGCAUAUUAUUCACACUAUCCGUAUCCUCCACUGAAGGCAAGAAUUGCCAUUGUAUCUGGAAAUAGCCAAGAAUGCUACGACUCCCCGAUCACACCAACGAGCCCGACAUCAUCAGCCGGCCGAAAGAGAAAGGGGCCAGUUAUGUGUUUUCAAGCAAGUCUAGUGGCAAACCAGUUCAUGUGAAUAAACAAUGAUAGACAAAUACCAAAGUUUCUGUACAUAUCUGCCGUAUAUCCAUAUCCGGUGCUUUCUCGGCCGUGUCGGAUCCGACUAGUGGAGCUCGCCUUCCCCGAUAUUGUGGGUCGCGAUGCGCUUAACCUUGUAUGAGUGGGGUGCCGUUUUUUAUUUGCUAUGAAACAGCGGCUUUGGUGGGAUUUGAACUUCCUCGGCUGUACCGGUCGCCUGCUGGAUAGACGAUAUUGGAGGAUCAGUCGAAUUUUGGAGUAGGGAGGAGAAAAAGUUAAAUGAGUACAUC